CAGAGCUGCUCCAUCUGCCUGUCGGAUUUCGAGAUGGGGGAUGAAGUGAUGCAAAUAACCUGCGGGCACUUCUUCCACCAAGACUGCAUCCUUCCCUGGCUGAAGCAGACCAACAGCUGCCCCCUGUGCAGGUUCGAGCUCCCGACGGAUGAC